ACAUUUUGGGCUGAAAAACAUAAAACAAGUUUGAUCUGAACGUUUUACUUUGGUCUGUCGAACUAAUCUGGCCGGCGGACGCCAGGUGCGAAGAGCGUUCGCGACAGAGGCACAUUGGGCCAAGCGAUAAGCACUAUACGAAGUAGCUGCAUUUACCUUGAAUGGCCUAAACUAUCGCAGAAGUCUGUCUCUCUGUGAGCGGUAGACUAAAGAUCAAAAGGAAAACACAUAAAUCGACACUGAACGGGCUACAGGAGAUCGAAAGGUCUAGUCUGAGCAAGGUUUAUGAGCGGGACAGCUACUGUCUGCGGGAAAUUCGCGGGUUUCGUCUUGGCUACAUCAUAACGAUGUUACUGUGACAACAGCGGCAGCGACACCAAAGAAGAUCAGAUCUUGGCACGAUUUGAUGCAAGACUUUUGACAAUUUGUUUGUUUUUGUGCAGGUACGAGCGGCAUAUACCAUAGGGAGAGCCGAAACUGUUUGCUUCAUUUACGAAGGUCCUUAAAAGGUCGGAAGCGGUGGUGAAAUAGGGGGUGUGCUCAAUUCGAUGUUUGCGAUAAGAAUUGACCACGUGACUACUACAGUAAUGGUUAUGUUCCACACUCCGAAAAGCCCGGCCCUUUAUGUUCGUUUCCGCCAAACGCUAGCCAGACAGCGGCCCAAGCUGCUCAAGUAAUACGCAGUCGGACUGUAGCUGUGCUGUUGGUCCUGACAGGCCUGUACAGUGAAGCCGUAGCUGAUAGGAACGUUGGAUGUCCUAGUUGAACAGCUAGCGAAUCCUUUGGCACGUUGCCAGUAGCGAUGUUGGGAAAGUGGUCUGAAGGUUGUGCUUGAGAAACAGUGUCUUGUCAGAGCAGGCGUCCAAGGAAAACAGUGCACAGGGAAAAUCUGAUGGUUGUCGCAGCGCUGAGUGACCGGUGGAGGAAACUGAUGAGCCAAUUAACCAUUGACACUUCAUCCAAUAGCAAGAUAUCAUUAAAUACCCGUGAGGAGUUAAGGGAAGCGCUCCACAAUGAAUCAACACGGAGCUACGCGAGCACCUUCGAUAUCACCGAUGACAUCGGUGUUCUGGAGGACUCCGUCUUCGAAACAGGGAAUCUUGCACCAGGCAUAUCGGGGUCCGGUUUGUUUCCGGCUCAGCUGCGCAAAAUGGUCCUCAGGACCCUGUUUAUAAUGGUGGCAGCUUACCUUACUGUCCUUGUGUUAAUGGUUGGCGUAGCCAUUCUCGUUGACGAAGUCAGAUAUUAUUUAACAACGUAUAGGACAAUCGCAUACCUCUUAUUUUUGCUCCUGCCUCUUGUUCACUGUAUAUGGAUGCUGCGUUCGCCUGCAAGAUCCACUUUCGUAUUGCCGCUAUUUGUGAUUAUUUUAGGCUACGUCGAGUCUGUUCUCUCUUGCGUUUACAAUACGUACUGUAUUUUCAUAACAAAUGUCGUCUGUUUGGCGACUUGCACGCAAACUAUUCUUCUCUCGUACGGUGGAGUCGAGUUGAUUUCGAGAAGGACCCUCGUUUUUAUUUUGUUUCUGCAUGCCGUCAAUAUGAUCGUCGUGUGUGUUACCAUCUGUUCAACAACUUUAUGCUCGCAACUAGAUCUGGCCGUAGCCGCAGCUGCGGUUGUUGUCCUGCCGGGUGUGAUAGCCUUCAAAAUUCGCAUCAUUAUCAAGCAUUUCUCGCCGAGCAAUUAUGUCUAAGUUGUGCACAUCUAAAUAGAGUCCCCUACAAGCAUAUGUUCAUAGUCAGUGUACAUAUACAUUUAUUGGGAGAUGUAAAAUAGGUCUAAACGUCUAUUCCGCCCCCUAUCGUAACGCGUCAAUAUGGACUCAAUAAUGCCGCGGUGGGUCGGAGUCGUAGAAAAAGUAAUGACAAGAUUUCCACGUUAGGACAAGCUAGAGUUUUGAUAACGGCUAGCACUUGAAGAGAGCCAAUGUCCGGCGGGUACUACGCACUAGGCGUAUCUGAAUUUUUCGUGGCCAUUCCGGCAAACUAUGUACAUUGCCAUACCUAAGGCACCCAGAUAGGAAUACGAAUGCCAAAUAUACAAUUGACCGCAUGUAGUGAGAGCUUGCAGAGCACAGAGAGUACAUAUUAACUAGAUGCUUUACUUUGCUUAGGAGCACGCUAAACUUUUCAAAUUCCUUUUCCUCAAAGCCACUUGUUGGUUCACAGCUUCGUCCUCAAACAAGCAAAUGCGAGAAUACAGGAGUAUUCGAACAAGGAAAAAUAGUGGGGUGCUGAGGGGUAACUCCCACUUUUAUUCGUCAUCUACAGUUCAUACGGUACUAAAAUAACGUAGUCUGAUCGCUCUGUAGGUGUAUGGUGCCACCUGUCUAAAGGGUAUCAUAGCGGGAAUUAUCCUUACGAGCCAAUUUCAAGGUAGAUUUUUUAGACCUGUUGCUCGUGCAUUUCUGGAACUAAUGUGUGCAGUGUGCCCGUUGAUGAAUGGAACUAAAACAAAACAUUUCGUAGAAUCUAUAAAGUAUACGUGUGAUUUCGCUAUUAUGAGCACUACAAAGCUUUUGCCUUCUAUUAAAGCACCGACGACGUAAAACGAUUACCAGCUUCACUAAGAAACUUUUGUGACUAACGAUGGCCGUAGACUCAAGUCGUGCCUGCGAUACCCCCGAACGACGUAGGCCAUUGUUAAAGCAAUGAAUUUACCUAUUCAUAAAUGAGUCAUGCGUUUUAAUGGCGACUAUACGUUACAAGUAAUUCUGCGUAUUUACGAAAAAAAAAAAAAAUUAAUAGAUUCAUUGUCAGACGGCCCCUAGGAAGGCAACUGUGCAAUUACGAUACUGUCACAUGAAGGCUUACGAAACUGUGACAGUCGUGGAUGGAAUUAACACGAUGAAAAAGAUACAAUAAAGUGGUUUCUAUAUUUUAUUACCUGUUCUUGUUAUUUUACAUACAGUGCUUCGUCAUAGAUUUCAUAGGAUCAAUAACAAGGUUUACUCGCGCUCACCUUUACCCACUGGCAAGUUGGCCCUGUUUAUGUAGUACCACAAUGGAGGUUUGACCACGAUCAUAAAUAAGAUUUAAAAACUGUUUCCAAAAUUGCUUUCAUCAACCAAACCCAGUAGCACGUACUUAAUUUGCACGAAAUUUAAGACAAAAUCGUUGUAUAAAUCGAACAGGAUUACAUUGUAUAGAACGUCUGUCAACUGAAAUAUCUACUGAUCGGAGAAACGACUAAUUUCUUUGUACCUGUAGACAUUGUCGCCGCCUAAUAAACAUGGUCCUGCUGGUCUCGUUUAUGCUGGCCGCAGUUUUGCAACUUGUUCCAUGAUAGGAAGAAUUAUGCGACAUUGUACAAUUUCGGAUCCCCAUUAUGUCUUUAUAACAAAUGAGAUGCCUUUCGUUCCAUAGAACAAAUCCCUUCGCGAAGGGCUGACGCCACAGGAUGACUACCUCAGAGCCGUAAGGCAAGUGCUUAUUCGGAGAACACCCACGAACUCCGAACUCUUAAGUAAUCGGCCUUUGAGCUCCAACCAUGUCUCUGAAACUCUGUCUUUCACGGAUAUUCCAGACACGGCAACAAAUUCUUGAUUGUGACAAACGACAGUGACACACCUGUUACCUGCUUACCGGUUCGUUAGUGUUCGACAUCGUCGUGGGAGCUCAUGAACGGAUAAACGCAACUGUAAUAAACACACUGUUUCCCAAGUACUGCGCUAUGCUCUGUCAACUACGGUCGUUCUGUACAAAU